GACCCCGCCUGCCCGGGAGAGGGGAGCUAGGGGGUGCGGGGCAGCGAGGAUCGUGCAGAGGAGACGAGAGGAGAGCGAAGAGCGACUCGACGUGCUCUCGGAGCGACGCUUUUGUGAUUUGUUGUUUUUGUUACUCUGCUCGGAAUUUUAUUUUUUAUAAAAACAAAAAAAAAUUCGUCGGAGUCAAUUCCCGCAGCAGCAGCGGCGGCGGCGGCUGCGGGAACAGAAAGAGCAGCGGCAACACAAGGAUCGGCAGUGUCAUCAGCAGGACCAUCAACAUCAGCAUCAGCAGGGACAUCAAUCACAAACAGCAGCGCAAUUAUCAGCGUGCUGCAGCAACCCAAGGAAGUGGGAGCAGCAGCGGCAGAAUCAUUAUCUGCAGAGUCAUCCUAAUCAGCAGUAACAUCAUCAGCAGCAGCAGCAGCCGCUGUAGAAGCGAGAGGAUCAAGUGCAUCAGCAGUCACAGUUCUCAUCAUCAUUAUCGGCAGGUGAGAUGGCGCUCUACCUGGGCGUGCGGCAGUACCACGUCAUCGGGGACUACGGCGCGCGCUUCUCGUUCCUGAGUCGCGGGGGGGACUCGGGACCCAAUUCCCCGGGGGGCAGGAAGAAGACCAAGGGGACCGGUUCUCGCCGCGGCUCGGUCGCCUCCUCGUGCGGCCCCGAGCGCGCCGACUCCCCCGCGCCGCUCAAGAGCGUGCGAUUCACGGCCGACGUGGAGUUCCUUGACAGCGUGAGGCAGGGAGACGUGGAGCAGGUGGAGGCCUUCGUCAAGGGCGGGGAGCUCUCCCUCGACACCAUCAACACGUCCGGCAUGGCGGCGCUGCACGAGGCGUCUCUGCGUGGCCACGUGGAGGUGGUGGAGGCGCUCCUGCGAGGGGGGGCACGGAUGGAGCUGCGCACCGAGGGGGGGGUCACGGCCCUGCACCUUGCCUGCUCGCAGGGCCACACGGCCGUCAUCAGACAUCUUCUCCGGCAGGGCGCGUCCCCCGUGGCGCUGUCCGAAGGCGGCGACCUCCCCGAGGACCUCCUGCCCCGGGGCCGCUCCGACAUCCGGCAGAUGCUGCGCGCGGCGCGCAGGGGAGUCUUGCCUGACGACUAAAGGGUCGCAGGGACCCCCCCUCCCCCCACACGUGCCCCCCCUCAACCCCCCUCCCCGGCGUGAGGGGUGAACCCCUGCGAGCAGGGGGCCAGCCGCGUAAGUGGAGCGCGUUGAGGGACCCGGGUGAACUCCGCUCAGGGGAUCGGUUGAACCCCGAAUUGAGAAAUCGGAUCGAGGGUUUCAGAUCCGGGAUGAGGAUCUCGGGCCCAAGUCCAGCGUGAGGAUCGCGGAGUGGAGUGGAGAGAUGACUGGAAUCCACGGACUCAGAAUCGCGCGGCUCGAAUUUACAAGAAUCGGACGCGAAAUCUGGAUCAAGGACUCCUCGGAUCGAAGGACUCGGGAAUUCUGGGCACGGAUCGAGAAUUCGUAUUCAGGACCCCUGUGGGUCCCCAGCUGCCAGUGGAGAUCCCGAGAGGAUCCUCCUGAGUUCCAGGGGGGUCCCUGCACCCCCCCCCCUCGCCCCCUCUUUCCCAAGGCCCACCGCCUCAAGCCUCACCCAUACCCCUCAUCGGGGGGUGAAUCACCCCCGCCACCCCACCCCCCCCCCCUGUAGCUGCGUCGCGUAUAUAUUUUUAUACAGGGCUGGAGAUUGUGAAUGUUUGUGUCAUUAAUGUCUCCGUAAUUUUAAAUAAAAUCGCUUUAAUUCAGCCGAGGGUUGA